AUGUCUGAAUUAGAUACAGAUAUCCUCAAGAAGUUAUUCUCUAAGGAAGAGUACUGGACAGCCAAAAACCCGGCAACUUUGCAAGUGACAAAUGUUAGACCAAUUCCUAAUGAAGCUGGUAAAAGACUACGUCUCUUGAUCUCUGAUGGUGUUCAUAGCACACAUGCUGUUGUUAGACCAGAAGGUGUUGAAUAUUGUGAAAAACAUGGAUUGCAAAAAUCAAGUAUUGUCACUUUACAAAGUUAUGAAAUUGAAAGAAUGGGCCAAAGUAACAAACAUGUUGUUAUUAUUAGUGAAUUGAUUGUCAAACAAGAAACUGCUCAAAAAGUUGGGGUCAACAUUGAAUCGUUGGAUGAUUAUUUCAAAUCUCAUCCAGACGAGGACAAUUAUCAGAGCAACGAUGCAACCGCUAAAAAAUCAAAUCAACAAAAACCAUCAAACAUAUACGCUAUUGAUCAAUUAUCUCCAUAUCAAAAUGUUUGGACAAUUAAAGCAAGAGUUUCAUUCAAGGGUGAAAUGCGUACUUGGUCAAACCAAAGAGGUGAAGGUAAACUUUUCAAUGUUAAUCUUUUGGAUGAAACUGAUGAAAUUAGAGCAACUGCAUUCAAUGAUAAUGCUGAAAAGUUUUAUAAUUUGUUACAAGAUGGUAAGGCUUAUUAUAUUUCAAAGGCAAGAAUUCAACCAUCUAGACCACAGUUUUCAAAUUUGAAACAUCCUUAUGAAUUGCAACUAGACAGAGAUACCCAAAUUGAACUGUGUGAAGAUGAUGAUGAAGUUCCUAAAUUACAUUAUGAUUUUGUCAAAUUAAAUAAAAUCCAGAAUUUGGAGGCUGAUUCAAUUAUUGAUGUUGUUGGUGUUAUUAAGGAAGUCAAUCCACAUUUCCAAAUCACUUCAAAAGCAGGACGUGCUUAUGAUCGUCGUGAUAUCACAAUAGUGGAUGAUAGUCAAUUCGCCAUCUCUGUUGGUUUAUGGAAUAAAACAGCAUUGGAAUUUGAUACUCCAGAAGGUACAGUUAUUGCUAUUAAAGGUGCGAAAGUUUCCGAUUUCAAUGGGAAGACUUUGUCAUUAACUCCAUCAGGUACAAUUGCAUCAAACCCAGAUGCUCCGGAAGCUUAUGCUGUGAAAGGUUGGUAUGAUACUGAAGGUCGUAAUGAGAGUUUCCAAACUCUGAAAACAGAAAUGACAACAAAUAAAACAGCAAUUGAAGAUCGUAAAACGAUUGCAGAUGUUCAAACUUUGGAAUUAGGUUUGGGAGAAAAACCAGAUUAUUUCACCAUCAAGGCUUCUGUUAGUUUCCUCAAAACUGAUAAUUUCUCAUAUCCAGCAUGUUCAACUGAAGGCUGUAACAGAAAAGUUAUCGAACAACAUGAUGGUACUUGGAGAUGUGAAAAAUGUGACAUUAAUCAUGCCGUUCCAUUAUAUAGAUACAUCUUAACCAUCUCAGUUGUUGAUACUACUGGUCAACUAUGGGUUACACUUUUUGAAGACCAAGCCAAGAUUUUAUUGGGUGUUAGUGCUAAUGAUCUGGUCAAAUAUAAAGAGGAUGAUAACCAACAAUUCACCUCUAUCAUUUCCAAGAUCCAAAUGAAUGAAUUUGAAUUUAGAAUCAGAGCAAGACAAGAUAAUUAUAAUGGUCAAGUGAGGGUGAGAUACAACGCUGUUGGUGUUAACAAGAUUGAUUUCAGUAAUGAGGCCGACUAUUUGGUUAAGAAAUUUGAAUCAUUGGGUGCUUGA